AUGGGAAGAAGUAAGUUGCCAUUGUUAAAGAUAGAGAGUUUGACAAAUAGACAAGUCACAUUUAGCAAGAGAAGAAAUGGAAUUCUCAAAAAAGUUUAUGAAUUAUCUGUUUUAUGUGACGUAGAUGUUGCUAUAAUUAUGUUCUCUCCUUCUGGUCGUCUCACACAUUAUUCACGUAAAAGAAGAAUUGAAGAUAUUCUUUCUGAGCUUAUCAGUCUCCCAGACAGUGAAAGAGGAUUCUACAUCAAUAAUAAAGAGUCUGUACUUUGGAACUUAAGGAAGAUUGAAAUUGAAGAUAAAUUCUGCGAUAUUGAAAGGAUAAAUCCUGCAUACAUCAACGCAAAUGACACGACAAAGAAAAUUCAAGAUGAAAUCAAUGGCUUACAUUGUAAACUCGAUGAGGCUGAGGGAUUAUUAAGAAUAUUUGAACCAGAUACACAAAGAAUUACACCACUUCAUGAGCUUGAUUUGUGUGAAAAACGUCUUCAAGUUGCAUUGAACCAAGUUAGACAAAGAAUGGAACAACUUUCCAGCAAUCAUACAUCCAGUUAUGAAGAUAAUAUGGAGCAAAUAAAUGCACUCCUUCAACACAUAGACAACACACAAGUUCAUGAGAAACCCCCUUAUGACUUAUGGCUAGAGCUUGAAGAUUAUAAUUGUCAAUAUAAUCAUGACAAUAACAAUAUUAAUAGUCCUCUCUAUGCUGCCUCAGAAACAUCUUCAAUUUCUCAAAGUUCUAUGAACCUUCCAUCCCCAACUACUUAUGAUACAAUGUCCCAAACAAGUAUAAGUGGUGAGACUUAUCAUAAAGAAGGGACAUUUAAUUCUCAAAAUAAUGAGAACUUUAAGCAAUCACAACAUUCAACAAGGAACUUCCCAACUCUCACUUUACAAACUUCAUUCAAAUUUGCCAAGCCUGAAAUGUCCCAAACAAGUUUAGAAGGAAGUUUUAGUUGCCUAAUUGAUGAAAAUUUGAAGCAAUCACAAUGUUCAAAUAGGGUCUUCCCAGCUAUCACUCCAUUACAAACUUCAUUCUCAUUUGCCAAGGCUGAAAUGGAAACUCCAACCUCAGCAUUACGACCAUUGGCACCAUAUCUACAGGCUGAAGCAACAACAUCUUCUUGCAAUAAUCAAGAAGGGAAUCAUGAAACCUCUUGGUUUCAGCCCAAAGUGAAAAAGUCCAAGCAUCAUCAUUCAAUCUGA